UGAACUACAUGACAAAAAUGCAACAGGAGUGAAACUGGAAGACCGAAGCGGACAUUUUUAUCGCGAGAAGAAGACAACGUGAAUAUUUUUUUGCCGUAUUUCCAACAUAAGUUCGCCGAGCUUGGGAAUAUGAAGAGGCGAAAUGUCGAUUAUGGAAAGCUAAGACGCCCUCUGAAACGGAACAAGAUCGCAGAAGGCAUCUACGGCAGUACCUUCUUGUACCUGAAGUUCCUAGCAAUAUGGAUGUUUGUUCUGCUGCUGGACUUCAUCUUGGAGUUUCGCUUUGAGUACCUCUGGCCCCUCUGGUUGCUCUUGCGGAGCAUCUACGACUCUUACCGGUACCAAGGGCUGGCGUUCUCUGUGGUCUUCAUCUUCAUCGCCUUCACCUCCGACAUGAUCUGCCUCCUGUUCAUCCCGGUGCACUGGCUCUUCUUUGUUGCCAGCACCUACGUCUGGGUGGAGUUUGUCUCGCACACCGAUCGAGGUAUAUGUCUGCCCACGGUGUCGCUAUGGCUACUCUUUGUCUACAUCGAGGCGUCAGUGCGGUUGCGGGAGCUAAGAUCGGCGAUACCGUUCCAUCUUGACCUCUGUCGACCGUUUGCAGCACACUGCAUUGGUUAUCCAGUGGUCACGCUCGGUUUCAAUUUUAAAACAUACGUGGGCUACCGGAUGAGGCUUCGGAAGCAGAAAGAGGUACAGAAAGAAAACGAUUUUUACAUUCAGCUCCUGCAGCAAGCCUUGCCCCCAGAGCAGCAGCAACAUCAUCAGCUGCAGAACACCUCGCUGACGACAGAGAAGCAAAAAGCGAUAACCUCUAAAGCAGAGGAGCCCUCGUCUAACGGAGUGGUAGCCAGGAAAGGCUCACCUGUUAUCCAAGGAAAUAAGGGUUCAUCGGACGGUGGUGACAAGGCAAAGGAGCCCCCACCAUCGCGCAAGCAGGCCACAAGCAACAACGCCACGGUGGGCACAGCCAAAGCCCCUGCGGACCCCGAGUUGAUAGAGACUAAGCUGCCCCAGCGCAGCGUGAACGAUUACGACGGGUCCAAGGAGAACCUUGCCAACGAGCAGGUGCAGGCCAAGAACUUGAGACAGAAUGCCUCGGGCGGGGGCUCGGGCGGCAGUGGUGGUGGGGGGAGCCAACGCAGCAAGAAUCCACCCUCGGGGAAGCAGGACAACAGUGGGUCGUCACUUCCCCACCCCGGCGGUGGCGGCAAGAAGCCUAAGCCGCUGGCCUCCAAGCUGGAAAACAAAGAGAAAGAGAAGGACACAAACCUGAGUGCGGAUAUCGCAAAUGGGGCGGUGCCUGCGCCUCCGGCCAAAGAUGAGAAAGUGUUGAGGUUGGAGUCCGACAUCAAGAGACUGAAGGCUGAUCUUCAGGCAAGCCGCCAGGUCCAGGCUGAUCUCAGGGCGCAGGUCAGCAACCUUCUGUCAGACGACCAGCACGACAAAGCUGAGCUGGAGCAGAUGAAGAAGGACUACGAGUCUCUCCAGACCAAGCUUCAUAACCUGGUCACCCAGAAGCAGCAGGACAAGCAGAACAUCGCCCGGCUGGAGCAGCAGCUCAAGACAGAGCGGGAGUCGAGGUCCUCACUGGAGGCUCAGAUCCGGGAGGAGCGCAAGACCCGUAAAGCCAAGGAGGCAGCCGCAGCCCGAGCAGCGGCUAUGGCUACCGCUGGCCGAUACGGUGAGUGCGGUGACUCCUGUCGCAUGAGGAUGCUGGACCAGGACUCGGAGAUCCUCCGUCUACGCAAGGAGUCACGUGACAAGGAUGACCACCUCAGAGAAAUGGAGAAGAAGACCGAGCUACUGCAAGAGCGGCAGGAAACACAGAACAAGACAGAUCUGCUCAUGUCUGCGCUGAUGGCCAUGCAGGACCGGACAGCCAAGCUGGAGACCAGCCUGAGUGCCGAGACCCGCCUCAAGUUGGACCUCUUCUCCGCCCUGGGGGACGCUCGUCGGCAGAUGGAAAUUCUUCAGACCCAAUUGAUGAAGAAGGAGCGCGAGAUCCAUGACCUCAAGACUAAGAUAGCUGAGGUGAUGGCCGUCAUGCCGCCCAGUAACUACUCAAGUGCGGGCUCUCCGAUCUCGGGCACGCCUCGGUACUCCGUUAACUUUGUCAGCUCGGAGGAGUCGGGCCCCACCCUGCCCAUCAGUUCACUGGCUCAUGGCGGCACCGGCGGCGAUGCCCGGGCCAUUCCGGUAUCCCAGAGCGUGCCCCCAGGCGUGGCCCUGGGUGUGGCCCCGGGUGCAGCCCCCACUGGGGCAUCAGCCUCCUCCACCCCGGUGUCCGUCCCGCAGGGUUCUUCUUCCUCCCAGUCGCCCUCACCCUCGGUCAGCCCCGUGCCGAGCGUCGGGAAUGGGAAGUCAGUCCUAGACCCCAAUGCGGCUGUGUACAGGCCCAAGAGCAACUAGAGAGUUUAAAAAAAACCAGGAGAGCAGGGGUAUGGAUAGGAUUGUGCAAGGGCAUUUAGAACCGAUAGUCGUUAACACUUAACUUACAUCUGUGUUGUUGGGCAGUGCUGUCCAUGUUUUCAAAGUUCACUACCACUAUGAAGUAACUCAGUUGACUUAUUCAUGCUAAAUACAUUGUGCGGCAGGUGGAAACAGCAACCCUUUGUGGAUAUUCAGACUUUUGAUAUCAACAUGCAUGAAGAACAAGUGGCCAUUUCCAAAAACUAUGGUUUCCAGAUCGGGAUUUUGUUCAAACUGAGUAGCGGUUCUCCAGGAAUCCGGUUGCUGUUUCUCUGUUUGCAAUAUUAACGUUCACCGUGGAUCUGGUCCGCCUAACACUGAGAGACCAGUUACUGAGACUAGACCGAUCAUUGGAAAUGUAACACUUUGUUCCAAUCACCAACACUGGCAAAGAACUUUAUCUUGGUCUGCCAGCGGCGAGCAUUGCCCAGCAAUAUGAUGCAUGAUGACAGCAAUUUACCUGGCCACUGGCUUGCUUGGAGGGUACUUACUGAGGCACGGUGCCGACACCUGAUCAGACCCGACUGAUCAGGAGGCAAGUGUAUGACUUGAAAGGAAUAAGAAAUGGAUAGGGGAUAGGAAUUAGACAUGGAGAAGGACAGGCCCUAGCAAUAACAGUCAGGACUGUUUCAGAGCAACCAAUCUUUAUCAUCACCCUUUGGUAACUUCAGUGACUAUGAUAAAACAGCUGCAGGCAUCGAACCUGAUGAAACCAAUUCUAGGCUAGAAAACCUCGUGACACUCAACAAGAUUAUCAAAUCAUAGAGCCUUAAUCUUGAUUCUUGAUGUAUAUUUCUUUGGUUGUGGUCCCUUGUCCAUGACACAUGCUCUGUUGUACGUGGUGCUUAAAAAUUAACUCAGUAUAAACUGUUCGUUUGUUUAAAAGCCAGUGGCCAGGCAUGGGUCUGGUACCUUUUGUUCCUUACCUGAUGCCGUGCUCUCUAUUUCGCUCUCGUUAGACUGUCGAGUAAUGUAGUACUGUAUUAAAAAAUGGGCGCUCUUCAGAUAAACUAACCGAGACAGCCUGGUGUCCCCACCAGUGGCUGUCGUAUGUAUUUGACCAUGUGCUUUGUCUAACGUCUAGUCCACAUCGAGCGGUUGUGGCGUGUUCAAAAAGAAGAAAAGUAUUGCUAUUUUUUGCCAUUACAUUGCUUAAUUGGUUUUUUUGUCUGUCUCUCGCGCGAGACAUUGUUGUCAUUGAAUGUGCUUUUUAGUAGAGCAGAAGCGGAGUGUACAAGGUUGGCAGUACACAACGAGCACAAGGCAGCACUUACAGUGGCAAGAUAUGACCCCGACCCGUCGUCCACUUUUCCAUUUUUCUCUUCGCAUACUCCGCAGAUUUUUCAGGAAAGUGCACGGUGAUCGG